AUGGCCACAAACAUGGCCGGCUCACCACUCUACAGCUACACCGUCGCGCCUCACCUAGCCGCUGAAUUCGACGUCCCCUUCGCCGACUUUGCGCUUGCGCACCCUCAAUAUAAAUUCUUUGUUGUCGCCGGUUUCGUAUUCACGAAGCGCUCUCAUUCCCAACCUCUACCGGCCUCUGCAUCAGAAUACGUCAAGAUAAAACACUUAUCCUCAUCAGCCACAACAUCCAAAUCAGAACGAGGGCAGAACGAGCCACUAAUGCUAAUCAUUCAACGCGCCCUCGACGACUCCUACGGCGGCUACUGGGAUUUCCCCGGGGGCUCGCUGGAGCCCCACGACCAAACAAUCCUAGACGGCGUGGCGCGCGAAGUCUUGGAAGAAACCGGUUUGCACGUGAGUAAGAUCCGUGAUAUAGUCCGCAUCGACACAUGGAUUGGAUCCAAGAGUCAGAUGUUGGUGGCUGGGAAAUUCAGUUUUGUGGUUGAUGUGCAUGAAGCCGCGGAUACGGUGGGGUGGGAGGAGAAAAUCAAAUUGGCGCCGGAGGAGCACGUGAGGUGGUUGUGGGUGAGUGAGGAGGAGAUUGAGAAGAGUGCUGUUAGGCCGGGAGAGGAUAGAAUUGUGCCUUAUGCGUUUGUGGGCGUGCAGGGGGAGACGGCAUGGGAGGCGUUCAAGACGUGUCCUGCAUGA